AUGGAAGACUUGAUUCGAGCCGACAGGAGGACAACGACAGCCAGUGUAGCAACUGCACUAGAGUGCUCGCAUGGUUUAGCAUACAGCAUAAUGCGUGAUCGUUUGAAGUUCCGGGAACUGUGCGCAGGGUCAGUGCCCAGAGAACUGAAGGAUCGAGGAAAAAUAAACCAAAUGGGCCUGUCCUUGCAACGUCUCUUACGGUAUGCAGAUGAAGAUGAUACGAGUCUGCUUAACAUGACUGAUACUGAGGAAGAACCAUGGGUGCAUCACUACCAACCCGAAUCAAAGCGCGCUUCAGUGCAAUGGAAACAUCCGAGUUCACUUUCAACCAAAAGUUCAAGGUUACGCAAUUAUCUGGGAAGGUUAUGCUUACCGCGUUUGGGAUUCUAA